AUGGAGGCGACCGACUUCAAGGCUCUUCUCGCGAAACUCGUAAAGACUCCAGAGUUCUUCGGCCCGGAGGACGCGAAGGCGGCGCUUGAAGCUAUCUUCACCCCUGGCGCGGUACCUCCCGAACAAAUCGGCGCAUUUAUCACUGCUCAGCACCUGCACCGUAUUGAAAGGAGGCCUGAGAUAAUAUCUGCUGCUGCCGAAGUGCUCCGCGCGCGGGCCUUGAAAGCGGAUGUUGAGGAUUGGGACGCCGACUUCGUGGUCGACAUCGUCGGAACCGGUGGCGACGGGCACAAUACGUUUAAUGUCAGCACCACAGCGGCGGUGGUGGCUGCUGGCGCCGGCGCUCGUGUAAUCAAGCACGGAAGUCGAGCGUCAACGUCAUCUUCUGGCUCUGCCGACUUGCUACAAUCGCUGGAUUGUCUAUUCACUGCGCCAUCUGCUUCGACGGCCGUGCCAAUUCCGAAGCAGCCAUUCACUUUCAUCUUAGCGCCACAUUAUCACCCCGCGAUGGCAUUCAUCGCCCCGUACCGGAAGGCGCUUCCUUUCCGUACGAUGUUCAACAUCCUCGGACCCCUCAUCAACCCUGCACGUCCCAAGGGCAUGGUCCUCGGCGUAGCAGAACGUGCCCUAGGCGGUACGUUCGCAGCUUCGUUGCGCGAUGCGGGUGUGGCACGGGCACUCGUAGUCUGCGGCGCCGAGAACCUCGACGAGAUCAGUUGCGCGGGUAGCACGUUCGCCUGGGAGCUUAACGAGGGAACGAUCACCGAGCGCUCGCUGCAUCCAUCCGAAUUCGGUCUACCUAUGCAUUCGCUCGCCGAAGUUGCAGGCGGAACGCCUACAGAGAACGCGACUACGUUCCGCGAGCUGCUGUGCUCUGGGAAGGACAUUCCUGACCGCCUGAGGCCACAGCUCGACUUCGUUCUACUCAACGCUGCCGCACUACUCUACGUUUCAGGAAAAGCCAAGGAUUUGAAGGAAGGCGUUAGGCUGGCGCGCGAGGCAAUAGAAUCGGGGAAAGCAUGGGAUGCUCUCGCUCAGUUCCGUGAUUACGGGAAGAAAGUCGCAGAGAGUACCGCGAUCGUACAAGUGUAA